GACCGUGUGAUCAUUGCCGACAAGUCAACAGUGGUUCCUUCGCCAUAUUGUUUACAAAAUGGCUGACAUUAAAACUUGUACAUUGGACUACUUCCCUGAAAAUAUUUUAAUUGACAUUUUAUCUUAUUUAAACAUUAGGGAGCUCGUGCGCGCUGGCAGGGUGUGUAAGAGAUGGAGACGUUUAGUGAAAGACCAAAGACUAUGGCGUGCUGUUGAUCUCACCACAUGGAAAGGGAUCACGUUGCACUUGCUGUGGGUUCUGCUGCGCCAAUAUCUGGGCUGUGGCCUACGUUGCUUGCGUCUGCGAGGCCUGCUGCUGUCUGCCAGGGCUGGGAAGUUAUUGUCAGAGUCCUGGCUACAGGCUCUGGCCUCUAAGUGUCCUCGUCUGCGCAGACUGUCCUUGUUCCACGCAGACCUCAGGGGCUUACGGAGCUGCUCCCUUCUGCCUCGGACAAUACAGGUGCUUGAGCUGCAUGGAUGCGAGCUGCCCCCUGGGUUUUUCACCCAGCCUCCCCCAGAGGGGGAUGAGGGGGAGACUGCAGCGUCGGCCAGCGUUAAAACGGCUGAGGGAGAUGAGGGCAAGCUGAGCAAAGGGCAAGGCUCUGCCGCGUCAGGCAUCGCCAUUGAGACACUGGUCCUGGACAACGUGCCGUCCUUCACAGACCAGCACCUGCAGAGCCUGAGCUCCUGGGAGAAGCUGACUCGACUGGAGCUGCGUGAUGUCAUCCGCGUCACGGCAGCGGGUGUGCGUAACUGCGCGCCCAAAGAAUUCGUCCUCAAGACCCCCACCGGCGGCCUCUCCCGUCUGCGGCGCCUCGAGAUGGGCAACUUCGGCCGGCCUGGCUCCCAGAUGCAGAUGGCCUCCCUGGGCCUCGGCGUGGGCUGGCCCGGACUGGAGGAGGUCAGUCUAGGGGGUCGGGAGGUGGGGCCGGGGCUCCUGUGCCUAAGGCGCCUGCGCGACCUGCAUUGGCUGCGGCUGCGCGGCUGUCCGCUCAGUGAGAUGCAGGUGCUCCGCGGCUGCCGCAUCCUACGCGGCCUCAAGCGGCUGGAGUUCUGCGAGGUGGACUUCCAGGUGCACCAGCGGCAGCCAGACAGGGAGGCUGGCGAGUGGGGAGGUGGGGCAGCGGAGGGCGAGGAAGAGGAGGAGGACAGGGGGCCGGACAGGGAGCCAGAUGUCGAAGGUCGCGACGGCGGAGAAGGGGAAGAAGGUGAAGGACACGAGCAUGUGGCGGAACCAGGGGGGCCGUAUGACGAGACAGACCCGGUGCCAACAAUACGCCGUGCCCUGGCCAAGCUUUUGCCCCAGUGCACACUAGUGUUCACAGGUUGCAAAGUGACGAUGCGUUAUGACUAGUAUCCUCUCAUGAAGGGUUCUGUGGAUGCAGCAGAAGUUUCACAUUUAUGUGUUGUCAUGACUAUCAAAGUGCAAACGCCUCUGUAUGAAGGACAGGAAUUUCUGUCUCUCUGAUGUUAUGCUGAGAAAUAAAGUAUUUCUGAGAAAUUAACUGUGAAAUUUCACAGGGUUGCCCA